AUUUUCCACUGCAUUUAUUCCAACACAAUGGUUAACGAUUAUAAGUGGAGGUUGGUCUUCUCUUAAUCACAAAAUUAUCACACAGUCAGGGUUAUGGUGUAGCGUCAUUGAGUUCCUUAAAACAAAUCCAAAGUAUGCGGCGAAUCAAGAGAAAGCGGUUACUGAACUCUUGUCUAUCGAUACAGCAAGAAUACUUGAAGGCAAGGAAUCUCGCUCAUGGCUCUUUCGUUUAUUAAGGUCUUCAAAAUUCGACGAUGCUGUUCAAGAAAUAGAGGACGCAAAUGCCAUUGUAGACAAAAACGAACUAGAGAUAUCUGCCGCCCAUUUCGACGCUGAGCAGUUUCGUGAAAGUUCCCUACGUCUUCUUAGAUUAAAGAAACAAAUUAUUUCUCUGAUUAAGAAUGCUGGCGAUAACAAAGUACACUACACCAAGGCUAGGAAGGAGACUGGUAGACUACUCCAUACUUUGCAAGACUUUUACAGUCAUUCAAACUGGAUUGAAUCGGGAAACAGUGACCCAUUAUCAAUCUUGGGAAAUGAAAUUAUAAGCGACGAUUAUGUAGCGGGGGCGGACGAGAAAACGUGCAAUGACUGUUCCCCAGCAAGGAAAUAUGACAUUCUUUUUGGUUCCGAUGACUGUCAGAAUAAUUUAUUGAAUACGGGAAAACUAACAAGUGGUUACUACGGAGGACAAGAUGUAGCUAAACCUCGGGGUGUCGGCAAAUGUAGUCAUGGCGGUAUUUUUGACAAGUCACGGAAAAUAAAGUCUAGAGGAGGCAUUAAUAAGGAUUCUUCUCUUCGUUAUUUAUCGCCACAUUAUGG